ACCAGUGAUAUAUAUCACACAUUAAAAAAAAUCAAGAGGGGAAAAAAGAAUUAAAAAGCAGAAAUGAAGGUUGUUGAAGUUCUUCACAUGAAUGGAGGAAAUGGAGAUAUUAGUUAUGCAAACAAUUCUUUGGUUCAGAGAAAGGUGAUUCUGAUGACAAAACCAAUAACAGAUGAAGCCAUAAGUGAUCUCUACUGUAGUCAUUUCCCAGAAACCUUAUGCAUUGCUGAUUUGGGUUGUUCUUCUGGAGCGAACACUUUCUUAGUGGUAUCAGAGUUUGUUAAAAUCAUCGAAAAAGAAAGAAAAAAACACAAUCUUCAAUCACCAGAGUUUUAUUUUCGUUUCAAUGAUCUUCCUGGCAAUGAUUUUAACGCGAUUUUUCAGUCAUUGGGAGAAUUUGAACAAAAUUUGAGAAAACAAAUUGGAGAAGAACUUGGUCCAUGUUUUUUUAGUGGAGUGCCUGGUUCAUUUUAUACUAGACUUUUCCCUUCAAAAAGUUUGCAUUUUGUUCACUCCUCCUAUAGUCUCAUGUGGCUAUCUCAAGUUCCUAAUUUAAUUGAAAAGAACAAGGGGAAUAUUUACAUGGCAAAUACAAGUCCACCAAGUGUUAUAAAAGCAUAUUACAAGCAAUUUGAAAAAGAUUUUUCAAUUUUUCUGAAAUAUCGUUCUGAAGAAUUGAUGAAAGGUGGAAAAAUGGUAUUAACAUUUUUAGGAAGAGAAAAUGAAGAUCCUUCUAGCAAAGAAUGUUGUUAUAUUUGGGAGCUUUUAUCCAUGGCUCUUAAUGAAUUGGUUUUAGAGGGAUUGAUAGAAGAAGAGAAAGUGGAUUCAUUUAACAUCCCUCAAUAUACACCAUCACAAGCAGAAGUGAAGUACAUAGUUGAUAAAGAAGGUUCAUUCACUAUUAAUAGAUUGGAAACUACAAGAGUCCAUUGGAAUAAUGCUUCUAAUAAUAAUGAGAAUAUUAAUAAUGAUGGUUACAAUGUGUCAAGGUGUAUGAGAGCUGUGGCUGAGCCUUUGCUUGUGAGCCAAUUUAGUCCAAAAUUGAUGGAUUUAGUCUUUCAAAAAUACGAAGAGAUUGUUUCCCAGUGCAUGGCUAAAGAGAAAACCGAGUUUAUAAAUGUUACUGUCUCCUUGACCAAGAAAAAAUAAGUGACAUAUGGUUAUAGACGAAUUCACAGCAAGUUCAGUGAAUUUGCAAAGUCAAUUUUAUUAAAUUUUGAAUUUGUCGCAAUUUGAUGCAUGGCAACCGGGUUCCUUUUCUUUUUCUUUCUUUUUUAAGCAUGUCAUGUGUGUGGUCGAGGUGAUAAUUUUAUGUAGUUAUUGUCUAAUGUAUUUAAGGUGCUUUUAGAUGUCUAUCUAAUAAAUCUUGUACCCAAGGGAAUGUAUCCUAGUGUCUUUGUUAUUCAUGAUCAAUAGAAAAAAUGGUGCUUGUGUUGUUUUUAUUGAAA